AUAUGUUUUUGCUCUUUCUCUCAGCAUUCUUCUUGCUCACAUUCUUUAUAUUUGUAUCACAACUCGUAUAAAAUUGUUAUAUCUUCAAUCUAUUUUGUCUAUUUAUUUAUUUAUUAUUUCUUUAACGGUUUUUAUUAAUGAAUUCAUUGAUUUAUGUUUGUUAAUUAAUUAAUGGAAUGGAUAUCAAUAGAUUACGGUUUGAAAGACGAGCCCAGAGAAAGAUAGAUGAAGCUAAAUUAAAAGCUAGGCCAGAACUGGCAAGCAAUAAUUUUGAACAAUGGCGGUGUCAUAAUUAUUAUAACAAAUUCAAGUUAGAUCCAGCCAAAUAUAAAGACACGGUAGAGAGAAUCAAUUUUAACGAGGUGCCACACAGUACUUUCGUUGAAAAAUUUGAAAAAAUUUAUAAACCAGUUGUCAUAACUGGAGCCACAGAUGAUUGGAAAGCUCACGCUAAAUGGACGCCAUCACGGUUGGCCAAAAAAUAUCGCAAUCAAAAGUUUAAAUGUGGCGAAGAUAAUGAAGGAUACAGUGUAAAGCUCAAGAUGAAAUAUUUUGUUUACUAUAUGAACAACAAUAAGGAUGACAGUCCCUUGUAUAUAUUUGACAGUAGUUUUGGCGAGCAUCCAAGAAAAAGCCGCUUAUUAGAUGAUUAUUAUAUUCCUAGUUAUUUUCAAGAUGAUCUUUUCAAGUAUGCCGGUGAAAAUCGCCGUCCACCUUACCGAUGGUUUGUUAUGGGUCCACCACGAUCAGGAACUGGGAUUCAUAUUGAUCCAUUAGGUACUAGUGCCUGGAAUGCGUUGAUUCAUGGUUAUAAACGAUGGUGUUUAUUUCCCACUACUACGCCUAAAGAGUUAAUUAAAGUCAAGCCCGAAGAAGGAGGAAAACAAACAGAUGAAGCAAUUACAUGGUUUAACGUUAUUUAUCCUAAGACACAAUCCCCCGAUUGGUCUCCUGAGUACGCACCAUUGGAGAUUAUUCAAAAACCAGGCGAAACAGUAUUUGUUCCAGGAGGCUGGUGGCAUGUGGUACUAAAUCUUACCGCAACUUGUGCUGUCACCCAAAAUUUUUGCAGCCUUACAAAUUUUCCUGUUGUUUGGCACAAAACAGUUCGGGGUCGUCCCAAGCUGUCUAGUAAAUGGUACAAGGUACUGAGUGAACAAAGACCUGAGCUUGCUAAUGUUGCUGAUUUGAUUGAUGUUAAUCGAGAUAUUGGUGUUGCCUCUGACAGUUCUACCGAUUCCUCAAGUUCCAGCUCUGAUUCUUCAUGUUGCUCAUCAUCUGGUAGUGAAGGGGAAGCUGAAGAUGAAGAUUCUGGACAAGAAAGUCUGACAGCCAAAAAACGUAAAAGGACAAGAUCUCCUAUCGUUAAAGAUAAUGCCGAAAAUGGUUACAAGAAUAUGCGCCAUUGCAAAAGAUGACACCUUGGUUAUGCAUAUGGGAUUAAAAUAUUAGAUGGUUACAAUUCACAUCCUGAAUGAGUAACAAAAAUGAAGGAAUAAGCAACAUUACCAUCAAUUAACAAUCAUUUACCAUCGAUCUUUCCCUGUUUAUGUCAUAUUUAGAAACCUAAUCACCUAAAUGGUUUUGUUGCAGAAAAAAAUGAACAGAAAUUAUCAAAUGUUCUUAUAUGGUUCACAAUUUAUUAUUAAUCUUUUUGCAAUUUUCAAAUAUCUCCAUUUUUGCUAAAGGCAAAUCUGUUACCUUUUCGCUGGUCCAAAACACAUUUAUGCAUUCACCUGUAAUUUCUCCUUACUUUCGCGUCAUUCUCCUACAUUUCAUAUUAAAUGAGAAAUAAUAAAUUGCACAUGCCAAUCCAUUUUCAACUUUA